GUCAGUAUUGUAUGCCAGAGGAAGGAGUUCAGCUAACUCCCAAAUCCGAAUUGUUGAGCACCCAGGAAAUCAUCUCUCUUGCCAAGCUCUUUGUGAAGGAAGGUGUGGACAAGAUCCGUUUGACCGGAGGAGAGCCUCUUAUCCGGCCUGAUGUGGUGGACAUCAUAGCUCAGCUACGCAAAUUAGAAGGGUUGAAAACCAUCUCUGUCACAACCAAUGGGAUCAAUUUAGCCAGACUGUUACCCCGGCUAAAAGAGGCUGGCCUAGAUGCUAUUAAUAUCAGCUUGGACACCCUGGUGCCAGCUAAAUUCGAAUUCAUUGUCCGUCGAAAAGGAUUCCACAAGGUAAUGGAAGGAAUACACAAAGCUCUUGAUCUUGGCUAUAAUCCUGUUAAGGUGAACUGUGUGGUUAUGAGAGGACUCAACGAAGAUGAGCUGCUGGAUUUUGUUUCUUUUACAGAAAAGCAGCCCCUGGAUGUCCGCUUUAUAGAAUACAUGCCUUUUGAUGGCAACAAGUGGAACUUCAAGAAAAUGGUGAGCUACAAGGAAAUGCUGGAUACAAUUAAACAAAAAUGGCCGGACUUGAAAAAGUUGCCCUGUGAAGCUUCUAGCACUGCCAAGGCAUAUAAGGUACCACAUUUUCAGGGGCAAGUCAGCUUCAUCACUUCCAUGUCUGAGCAUUUCUGUGGAUCCUGCAAUCGUCUAAGGAUCACAGCUGAUGGGAAUUUGAAGGUCUGCCUUUUUGGAAAUUCAGAAGUGUCCUUACGGGAUCACUUACGAGGUAAUGCCUCUGAAGAAAAGUUGAUCCAGAUCAUUGGGGCAGCUGUUGACAGAAAAAAGAAACAACAUGCAGGUAUGUUCAACAUUUCCCAAAUGAAGAACAGGCCAAUGAUCCUCAUUGAGGCUACAUCAAGGUCAUUUCCACUGCUCCAAGAUGCCCUGCAGGACCAAGCAAAUUUCAAUGAGUGGGGCCUUAUCCAAGGCCACUGCCUGACUCUGAAAGAAAGUUUAUCCAAACAUAUGGGGAAAAAGUUUAAAACAAAUAUGUUUACAGGACACCAUGCCUUGCCAGGAUCUUUCUCGGCACGACAGCUUGCAUCAAGGAUUCCACAGGCUCAGCUCAGUAGCAAUUGCUUUCUUCAGAAGACUUUGAGUUGCAGCUUGAAUGAAAAGUGCCUUUGGACAGGGACUCCUCUCUCCAAACAGACUUCCCAUGUGACUAGAGACAUUAGUUCCAGGAUGGUAAGCCAAAAAGAGAAGGGUUGGAGAUCUCUUUCAAGUGCCAAAUGUCUGGGUGCCUCUGAUUGUUUAACCCACGUUAACCGAGAAGGUCGGGUAUCAAUGGUAGAUGUUGGAGGAAAGCCAGACUCAGAAAGAAUUGCAGUGGCUCAUGCUGUGGUCCAUCUGGGUGCAAAAGUAUUUAACUUGGUGCAGCAGAACCAAAUUAAAAAAGGCGAUGUGCUGACAGUGGCCCAGAUAGCUGGAAUCCAGGGAGCCAAGCUAACAAGCCAGCUCAUUCCACUGUGCCAUAAUGUCCCACUGAGUCUGGUUGAGGUUACUCUGAGUCUGGAUGCAGAAAAACAUACCGUAGCCAUUCAGGCUCUGUGCCGCACCCACGGAAAAACUGGGGUGGAGAUGGAAGCUUUGAUGGCUGCCAGUCUUGCUGCUUUGACCGUGUAUGAUAUGUGCAAAGCAGUGAGUCAUGACAUAGUCAUUGAAGAAGUAAAACUCCUCAGCAAGCAAGGAGGCCAGAGGGGUGACUUUAAGCGAGACUGAUUAAAGGUUUAUUAUUCAAGAGAUCAACAUACCUUAUCCUCGGAGUACACUUUUAGCAGCAGCAUCUCCAAUAUUAGUAACCAAAAUUCUGAUCAUUAAGCUUACUAAAUCAUAACCUGUGGUUUCUCUUGUUUUGGCUAAUAACAUAGGCUUUGGUCUACUCAUUUGCCUGUCGUCUUCCAUGUAUCGACUGACCUUUUUGCCUGUAAGAUCUAAGCUCUCCCACUGCUUUGGUUUGCAGUAGUUCUAAAAGUACACAUUUUUAGCCCUUUAU